CACACAUGCACACCUCCGCCUCGUAGAGACUGCUUUCCACACGGCGAGCCGAACAUCUGACGACGAGACGACGACGAUCCUCUCGGUCUCCGCUCCGCGCUCCUCCGUCUGAUCCCGGGCACCCGGCGCGCGCUGCCUGCGCACCAUUUGUUUCCCAUGCCCUAAAUUCCACACUGGGGCUUUUUUUUUUUUUCUUUUUUUGGGGGUGGGGGGCGGCGGAAAACCCGGGUUGCGCAGGACGUUCCUCAGAGCCAGCUGGUGUCAUCUGAUCGUUUCACUGGGAAUAAACUCUGGGGGAUUUUGGUGACACCGCGAACAUGGAGUACGACUGCUACCAGCACUACUUCGUCGACGACUUCGACCGAGAGGAGGAUUUUUACCAAUCGACCGCACCGAGCGAGGACAUAUGGAAAAAGUUCGAGCUGCUGCCCACCCCUCCCAUGUCGCCCACCCGGACUCUGAGCGACAGCAAGCUCAGCUGGCGGUCCAAAGUCCUCGGGCAGGACGAGGAGUCCGAGGGGCAGUUCAUCCCCGACGCGGCGGGCAAGCUGUUCGGCAACCUCAGCUCCAUCAUCAUCCGGGACUGCAUGUGGAGCUGCUUCUCCGCCAGCAAGCAGCUGGAGAAGGUCAAGGCGCAGGCCGUGUCCCCCCCGGCGGCGGUGGCGGCGGCGGCGGCCCAGAUCUCCGUGAGACCGAGCAAGGCGCAGUGCGUCUCCCCCGGCGCGCCGCUCGCCGGCCCGCCGGCAGACUGCGUCGACCCGGCGGCGGUGCUCACCUUCCCGGCGGGCGGCUGCAGGAAGCCGGCGUCGUCCGGCUCCGAGUCCCGCUCCGAUUCCUCCGAUGACGAAGAGGAAAUCGACGUGGUCACCGUGGAGAGCAAGCAGAACCGCGUGCGGCUGGUGAACGCCAGGAAACCGGUGACCGUCCGGGCCGACUCCUGCCCCAGGCGCUUCCACAUGUCCGUCCAUCGGCAGCAGCACAACUACGCCGCCCGCUCGCCGGACAGUGAUCCCGAUGAGGAUGAUGACGACGAGGAGGAUGAUGAGGACGAUGAGGAGGAGGAGGAGGAGGACGAUGAUGAGGAGGAGGAAGAAGAUGAGGAGGAGUAUGCGGAAGAGCCUCCAAGCAAGCGUAACCGCGCGUCCCCCGGCCAGCAGCCGGACGCCUGCCGGCUCGGCUCGGCCUCCGAGAGCCCGCUGGACUCGGACGCGGACGACACCGACCGCCGGCGGAACCACAACUUCCUGGAGCGGAAGAGGAGGAACGACCUGCGCUCCCGCUUCCUCGCCCUGCGCGACCAGGUGCCCGGGCUGGUGUCGGCCAAGACCCCGAAGGUGGCCAUCCUGACGCACGCCACGGAGUACCUGUCGGACCUGCACGCCAGGGAGAAGCGGCAGCUCCAGGAGAAGAAGCGGCUCAGGACGCGGCAGCAGCAGCUCAUGCGGCGCUUGUCCGAGCUGAAGCGCUCGUGAGGCCGAAACCGAACCGCCUCGCGCGUCACAUUCAGGAACAUUUCGGGAGGUCGACAGCUGUGUGGCUUCUGUUUUGCAACACGUGCGGGACGCUGGGAGGGCGGGGGGGCUCCCAGGAACUGACAGUUGAGGCCUACGGACCUGACACUGGGCAGCUAGCGUGCCGCUUUUUUAUUAUUUUCUCUUUGGACCAUUUUCUAGUUUCAACAGCGAUAAUGGAAUUUAUCUUCUAGCGACGACAAAGGUUUAUCUUGGUAUGCUGUGAUGGGAAAUGAGAGCUUUUGUGUAUAAGUGAUUUUUAUCAUUCUUUAUUUUUUAAUGAAAUGUGAAUGCCUCACAUGCGAGUGGACGAGUGGGUUUGAUGUACAAAUUGUCCUGUAAAUAAUAGCAUAUCGCUCCUGGUUGAAGGAGACAAAACUAAGAGUUGUCAAUGAGCCUUUCGCCUCUUUAUGACGUGCCGCCAGGCAUCGAGGAACCUCUAUUUUGUUAAGAAAGUUGGAAAAAUGGGUGAAAAAAUAAGUAGCACUGCUGUACUUUAUAUUCACACGUCACUUUGUGAUUUCAUUGCUUUUCCUGAACUUUUUUUUUUUUUUUUCAAA